UUUCAGAACCAUCCGAAGGUAUAAAUAGCUGCAUAACACUUGGCUCAACUACUCUGGUGGAAAAGGGGUUUUGGUUUGAUCGAAGAAGACGAUGGGUAGGCUUUUUGUAAUCACUCUUGAAGGAAACAUCUAUAGAUGCAAGCACUGUCACACUCAUUUUGGUCUUGCUGAACACAUUAUUUCUAAGACAUUUCAAUGCAGGCAUGGGAAGGCUUACCUCUUUGAUCAAGUUGUGAAUGUUACUCUUGGAGAGAAAGAAGAGCGGAUGAUGCUGACUGGAAUGCACACUGUUGUUGACAUAUUCUGUGUGGGAUGUGGCUCAAUUGUGGGGUGGAAAUAUGAAGCUGCGCAGGAGAAAAGCCAAAAGUACAAGGAAGGGAGGUUCAUCCUUGAGAGGUUUAAGAUCUUGGGUCCAGAUGGAAGCAGUUAUUCAAUAAUUCAAGAUGCUCAGCUUGGAGGAGGUGAUACAGAUGAACCUUGAGUAACCUUCUGCCUCACCAUUCAUUAUCAUUUGUUAAUCAAAGAUCUAUUACAAUUGUACAUCCUCUCAACUUCGUCGAUACAAGCAAUCAAAUUGCUUUUAGUACAGAUGCAAUUAGCUUAUAUAGACAAGUUUUGCAGGAUUAUUAUUAGAAUGGUCAAUACUAUACUUUUAGUCUCUGGGGGUUUUCCAUCAGUGUCUGUAUAUUCCUUUCUCUAGUAGGCUUUGACUUCCAUUGAUAUAGAAAUCUGAUAUUCAGCAAUGGAUUGGCUUCAGUGACUAUAAAGAUUUUCAGUUUUCAGCUGUUAACCUUUUAUCUUUUUUCCAAAGAAAAGAAGUUUGUCCAACUUGGUCAAUCACAUUCAUGGUUA